CACUCUCAUGAUUAACAUUAAAAAAUGGAUUUCAAUUUGGUCAAUGACAUUAAUUAUUUUGAACUUCUCUCUUUAAAAUAAGGAAACUGACAUCUCAAAUUCGUACUUCCAAAUACAAAUCAUCCUUCGGAGGAGACGACACCCUCUCUUUUCUUCUUGCAUAUGAAAGCAAACAAGAAGCAUCUUUUUAACAGCGCCCACUUGAAGCACACCCACACCCCUUGUAAUUAAUUCGUUUUUUAAAAUGACUUUUUUUCACUUUGAUUUAUAAAAAAAGGAAAAAAUUCUAUUGAAAAAGUAGAACAUUAAACUAAUAAUAAUAAAAUUCCGCUAACUGUCACUCCCUAAUGCAAUCGUUUUCUCUAUAAGAUCCUCCAAGAUCAUAUCCAGAUCUUCCUCCUUUUCUUCUCUCUCUCUCUUUGUUUUUUUAUUUUUUUAUUUUUCAAUUCUAUAGAAUUAGAAUUUCUACUUUUGUUUUUAUUUUUUUCUCUAAAACCCUGAUUUCAUUCAAUUUAAUUCGGUCAGCAUGCACGGCUACAGUCGCCUCGGAAACGCCGGGGCCACCGGCCGCGCUGUCACAGCCACCCCCACGCCGUCUCCUCCUUCUUCACCUCGCCUCCGUCACAGCCGCAGCAGCGGAAAGAGCAAUUCGUCUCCUGGCGGUGGUUUUUCGGGGGGCGGUGGCGGUGGCGGUGUCGGUGUCUGUCGGGGAGGAGGGGGGAAGCAGCAUGUGGUGGAGAGGUUGAUGUUUAUGGUGGUAACGGUGGUUUUGAGGCGAAGAGGAUUGUUGCUGUUUGCGCCGUUGCUAUAUGUUGCAGGGAUGGUUUUGUAUAUGGGUUCUUUGAAUUUUGAUGUUAAUUUGAAAAAUGGCGGUGUUGUUGUACGGAAACGUGCGCCUCCUGGUACGGUGUACCGGAGUCCUAAGGUUUUUGACAAGCUUUGGCCGUAUAUGGAGGCUGAGAGCAAUGGCACUCACAAUGCGUUGAUGACAGCAUGGGAUCCAAAACUGCAUCAAGCUUGGAAGCCCAGUGGCAUCAGCAAUUACUCUGAUGCAGAAUUGCCAGAGUCUAAUGGUUUCCUUAUAAUUGAAGCGAAUGGUGGUUUGAAUCAACAACGCUUAUCGAUAUGCGAUGCAGUUGCUGUGGCAGGAUUGCUGAAUGCUACUUUGGUCAUUCCAUUUUUUCAUCUAAAUAGUGUUUGGAGAGAUUCCAGUAAAUUUGGAGAAAUAUUUGAUGAGGAUUUCUUCAUACAUGCACUUAAGAAUAAUGUGAAAGUAGUUCGAGAGCUCCCAAGUGAUGUGCUUGAGCAGUUUGAUAAUAACAUAAGCAGCAUAGUAAACUUAAGGGUAAAAGCUUGGUCCAGCCCGACCUACUAUCUUCAGAAGGUUCUUCCAAAGCUGAGGCGGAUGAGGGCAGUACGUAUUGCACCUUUCUCCAACAGGUUGGCACAUGCAGUUCCUCCAAAUAUCCAGGGUCUUAGAUGCUUAGCCAAUUUUGAAGCCCUCAGGUUUUCAGAAUCCAUAAGAAUGCUUGCAGAGCAGAUGGUUGAUCGGAUGAUCAAGAAUAGUUCUCAAAGUGGGGGAAAAUAUGUCUCGGUGCAUCUGCGGUUUGAAACGGAUAUGGUUGCAUUUUCAUGCUGUGAGUAUGAUGGUGGGGAAGAAGAGAAACGAGAGAUGGAUAUUGCACGAGAAAGUGCUUGGAGAGGAAAGUUUAGGAGAAGGGGUAGAGUAAUAAGGCCAGGAGCAAAUCGUGUGGAUGGAAAAUGCCCUUUAACUCCAUUGGAGGUAGGGAUGAUGCUUAGGGGAAUGGGUUUUGAUAAUACCACCUCAGUAUAUGUCGCAGCAGGUAAUAUUUAUAAAGCAGAGAAGUAUAUGGCUCCACUUAAACAGAUGUUUCCACGUUUAGAAACAAAGGACACAUUAGCUACCGCUGAAGAACUUGUGCCAUUUAAGGGCCACUCAUCUAGGUUGGCUGCUCUUGACUACACGGUUUGCCUGCAUAGUGAAGUCUUUGUCACAACACAAGGUGGGAACUUUCCACACUUCUUAAUGGGUCACAGGCGCUAUUUGUAUGGAGGGCAUGCCAAGACAAUCAAUCCUGACAAGAGAAAGUUAGCUCUCUUAUUUGAUAAACCCACUAUCAGAUGGGAGGUCUUCAAGCGACAGAUGCAAAAUAUGCUUCGCCACAGUGAUGUGAAGGGCUCUGAAUUAAGAAAGCCCAGUGCAUCUCUUUACACAUUUCCUAUGCCAGAUUGCAUGUGUAAACAAACUGAAGCUAGACAACAAGACAGUGACAGUUGAUUUUAAGACUGGAAUAGUAGAUUACUCCUAGAAUUACAGAUUCCAUAUGCAUGUAAUUUUCUUUGUAUCAUCAAAAUUAACAACCACAAAAAAAAAAACUCGUACAAUUAUAAUUAUUUCUUUCAUUAGAAUUGAGAUGAUAGGUUUAUAGUUUUGAUUUUUUGAGGUUCACUGUCUCGUUAUAACUGAAAUUGUCGGAAACCGCUCUAAAUGAUGUGUUUGAAACUGUACUAGAGUAGAAUUUCCACGUAUUCAAUUACAUUCUUCACUUUGAAUUCUUCAAUCUAUAUUAUCUUCCC